AAAACUUAAACCAUAAUAUUCGAGAACCCACGCUGUCAUAUGUAUAAUAUUAAAUUGUUAUUAAAAAAAUGAUUAAUUGAUUUUUAUUUAAUUAAAAAAUAUUUCUAUUAGUUUCUUGUUUAAAAUAAAGUUCAACAGAUCAGUGACGCAUGGGCAUUAAGGGUGUCAAUAAUUGGAGCAACAGCAUGUCAAUAGUUAGAUCAGUCGGGUUUUUAACCUGUCAAUAAUUGGUGUAUCCGGGAUUGCAUAGACCACUAAAUCAUCGAAAUCGGGUGGUAGGAUUUCGGCGCUAAUUAGUCAAUAGUGACUGGAAUAAACAAAAACAAAAAAGAUAUAUCAUUAUUGUAAAAUGAUUAGACGACAGAUCGUAUCGAAAUUGCCAUAUCAGGUAGUUCGUUAUCGGAUUCUGCAAGGAACUAUGUACAUUGAUACAAAAUGUAAAGUAGCCCCAGACGAAGAGCUGACAGUUUUGCAACUUGCGGUAAAAAAACAAGACUGGAUAUUAAUCAAUUUCCUUCUACAAAAUAACGUUCGUGUCAAUACUUAUACAUCAAAAUGUGAACCGGCACUUUUUUUGGCUAUUAGAUCCGGUAAUGUAAGUUUAGUUAAGACUUUAAUUCAUCAUCGCGCUAAGAUAAAUAUCACGUAUAAUAAUAAUACUCCCCUGCACUUGGCUGUUGAUCAAAACAACUACGCAAUUGCUAAAUUCCUUAUCAGACGAGCGGCCAAAGUAAAUGCUCUGACUGAAGCAAAACGGAGCCCUCUGCAGAUCGCCAUUGAAAGAAAUAAUUUAAAUUUAGUGAAACUGCUGAUUGAAAACAACGCUGAUAUUAAUGUAUUUACAAAAAAUGAUGAAACAGCUCUAAUUUUUUCCAUAAAAAAUGAAUAUUUUGAUUUAUUCAAAAUAUUAUUGGAUGCAGGCGCUGAAGUGAAUCCGGUAAAUUUGCCACCGUUAUUCGUGGCCGUUGAAAAAAAUUGCUACAAAAUAACUGAACGUCUUAUUGAACGAGGAGCUGAUAUAAAUACUAUUUACAACAAUCAAACACCAUUAAUAAUUGCCGUUGAAAAUGGAAAUAUGAAGAUCGUCAAAUUAUUAAUCAGAAAUAAAGCAGACAUUAAUAUUAAAGUCGCAGCCGCCAAGACAGCUCUUUCAGCAGCGAUUAUAAAAGGUAAUUUUGUCAUAUUCAAAAUGUUAGUUAACGCGAUCGCUGAUUUGAAUUCCCCCAAUUUAUUGCCACUACAUUUGGCUGUUUUACAAGAAAACUAUGAAUUCACGGAAUAUUUGAUCAGUUCUGGAACUAAUAUCAACUCUCUUGAUGGCAGACGACAAACACCAAUGCACGUUUCCGUUACGAAGAAAAAUAAAAAAAUAAUCAACUUAUUACUUAAGAAUGGUGCCGAUGUUAACGUCUUUGAUAAUGAUAAUCUGUCACCAUUAAAAAUUGCUGUCAUUAAAGGAAAUAACGAAAUCGUGGAAUUAUUACUUGACAAAGCUAAAAUUACUGUCAAAAAAAGUCUGAAAUCACUUUUAAAAAUUGCUUGGAACAAUAGUACUUUUAAAAUUUUUGAAUUAUUAUUUGACGUUGGUCUUGAAAUAUAUCCAUUGGCUGCUGGUAAAAUUGUGCCACCGCUACACUUGGCUGUUAUUAAAAAUAAUUUUGAAACUUUUAAUGAUUCGAUUAAUGAUGGCGAUGAUAUCAAUGGUUCAUUUUGGGAAAAAACGCCAUUAGAAAUUGCUGUUAGCAGAGGGUACACAAAAAUGACAGAAUUACUUGUUAAAAAUAAAGCAAACGUUAAUUUAAAAAACGGAGAAAAUAUUCUUAAAGUGGCUGUUAAAAAAGAUAACUUUGAAUUGAUGCGUAUAUUGGUUGACGCCGGCGCUGAUGUUAAUUCUGGAUCACCAUUAAGUCAAGCGAUUGAAAACAAUAAUUAUGAGAUUGUGAAAUAUCUUAUUACUAAUGGAGCUAACGUCAAUGCCGUCAAUGACUCUGGUGUAUGGAGAAUAACACCAUUACAAAAUGCUGUUAGAAGAGGAUACAAGAAAAUCGUUAAAUUACUUAUUGAAUAUAAAGCCGAUGUGAACUGCAGAUCUUUUUUACAAUCUGCAUGUCUAACUACAGCUAUAGAAAGUGAUAAUUUUGAAAUAUUCGAGUUACUUUUGGACGCUGGUGCUAAUAUCCAUCCAUCGCACACAGCAAGGACACCAAUAUAUGUGGCUGUUGAUAAAAAUAAUUAUGAAAUUACUAAACACUUGAUUAAUCACGGAGCUGACGUUAAUACAUGUUUUGAUAAUAAAACACUAUUAUAUCGUGCAGUUGAGAAUGAGAAUGAUAGAAUAGUCGAGUUACUGAUUAUCAAUAAAGCCAAUGUUAAUCAAAUUAUUGAAGUUGGUUGUUCAUCAAAUUCAGCUCUUUAUAAAGCUGUUGAAAUUAGUAAUUUGAAUAUAGUAAAAUUACUAAUCAACGCUCCUAGCAUCGAUGUUAAUCUAUCUAUCGAUUCACACGAGCCACUGUUACAUGAAGCGAUUCGUCAAAACAACUACGAAAUAAUCAAGUAUUUGAUAGAACAUGGAGUAAAUAUUAAUACUGGAUAUAAAUAUGACACACCAUUGAACAUUGCCAUUAUUAAUGGAAAUAAAGAAGUAGUUAAACUACUGAUUGAGAAUAAGGCGGCUGUUAAAGAUUCUCUAGACUCCUUGAACUCACCUCUUCAUAUAGCUAUUGUAAAAAAUGAUUUUGAGAUAUUAGAAAUGCUAAUCAAUAUUGAUACGACUAAAGUGAAUAAAUCUUACGGCCAAUCGCCGCUACUUACAGCUAUACACGCAAAUAACUUUGAACUGACUCGAUAUUUGAUAAAACUUGGAGCUGACGUUAAUACUUGGUAUGGUGAUUUAAAACCAUUAAAUAUUGCUGUUAUUUUUAACAAUAAAAAUAUAACGAAAUUACUGAUUGAGAAUAAAGCAGAUGUUAAUUCCAUUAACAUGGCCGGAAAAACAGCUCUCGGCUUUGCCGUUGGACAAGAAAGUUUUGAACUCGUCAAAAUAUUAUUGGACAGUGGUGCUGACAUCAAUUUAUCGUCUGAUGAAGAUUACUCGCCAUUGCAACAUGCGAUCAUGAAUGGCAACUAUCGAAUCGCUGAAUAUCUGAUAAAUCGCGGUGCAAAUAUAAAUGAUCUUUGCCGUAGUCAAGAAUGGGCUACAAUGCGUGAUGGUUGUUACAAUUCAUUAACUAAUUGUAUCAGUGAUUCACAAUGUAGUUUAUUACAGUUUGCCGUUGACUGUCAGAAAACUUCAAUGGUAAAAUUAUUGAUUGAAAAUAAGGUUGAUAUGAGUUUGGUUGAGAAGAAUAAUCCACUAUUUAUGUUUGAUAUUAUUCAAUAUCACAGUCACAAAAUAUUGGAGCUGAUAUUGACUACUCGUGUUAAUGUCAAUUGCAUUGAUACUCGCGAGGCUGGUUGUAGGGAAACUCUUCUGCAUGCUGCUGUGAAAUUAAAAUAUGUGAAUAUCGAAAAAGUCAAAUUAUUGUUAAUGAGCGAAAAUUUUACUAAUAUUAAUGCACUAACAAAGAAUGCAUCUGCCCUUGAUUAUGCUGUCAAUGGAGGUCAUCUGCUUAUUGUAAAUGUUCUUCUAAAUGCAGGUGCUAAAAUUCAAGUUGAGAAGUAUGGCAUAGUGCGAUUUUUUGAUUAUAGCUGUAGCCCUAUCAGAAAAACGAUUAUGGAACAUGUUGUUAAACUUAAAGCUGCUAAUUUACAUCUUGAUUAUGAAAACUUACACGAUCUAAGUGACGAAAAAUUAAAUAAUCUGUAUGCCAAAUGCUUAAUUGAAAUUGAACUGAUGAAAAAAACGAAAAUCGUGAAAACUAAUUUAUCAUAUUACGAUGUAAUAACUAAGAGCAGGCAUAAAAUAGCUUUAGGUUUGAGUCGUACUAAUUUUUACGUCAAAUUUGACAGCGAAAUGUUAUUAUUACAAUUCCCAUUAUAUGGAGGGAUGAUCAGCUACCACCUAGAUGAAGCACAAAGAAGACGGCAAUUAUUGGAAAAAUCUAAUAAGAUUCUUUCUCUUAUUUUUUAUGGUAACUUGUCGUAUGAUGUUAUAAGUCAAAUAAAUUAUUAUUUAACUUCUAGAGAUUUUAAAAUUUUAUCUUCACGUUGAUGAUAUCACUAUUUAUUUGGCUUUCGACAAAAUAUAAAUGAUGUUUUUUUCAUGUAGAAAAUUAUUUUAUUUUUUCAUACUUUCAUAAAAAAAUACAUUCAAUAUGAAACUCGACUCAGAGCUAGGUGUAAAAAAUUCAGUUUUUAAAAAAUGCAGCUCUGUGAAUUUACUAAUAAUAAAACAUUUUUUUUUUUUUUUUUUUUUUUUUUUAAUAUAAAACUUUCAUAUUCAUUACAAGU